CUCCCUCUCACCGCUCCGUCCUUGCAUCUGCUCACUCUCUCCUCUUUACCCCAUCAUCUUCUGAUCCCACCCUCUUUCCAGGAUUACUGCCACCUCCCUUUCUUUCUCACUCCCAAUCAUCACUCGCAGUCCCAGGGGAGCGGGGAGCGAGGAGCGUCUGUGUUCGCCGCCGAGACCUGUCUCCCCGCACCCUCGGAGCUCGACAGUCGGCGGACUAUGAGCCACUGAGACUGCUCCCGUACCCUGCUCCACCAUGCUCGGAGCAGCGGUGCUGGUCUGCCGGAUCCUGGCACUCGGCGUCUGGCUGCGGAGCGCAGCGGCGGGACCGAGGGCGCUGCUACUGGAUGAGUUCCGUCAGCAGCUGCACGAAACCUGGCAACCUGGAGCCUCGGGAACCUGCGACGCGGCCUUCGCGCUGAUGCAGGACUACAUCAUCCGCACUCGGGACUCGCUGUCGGCCGGCGCCGCCUUCUUACGCGCUCCAGCCGGGGUCAGCAGCCCCGAGCAGUGCCUGCGGGCCUGCUGCAGCCUGCCCGGCUGUACGGCGGCGGUGGUCGAGCGAGCUUCUCCCGGUGGCGGCGGCGGCGGCGGCGGCGUCGUCAUCCCCACCUGGGAGCGGGAGCAAAAGGCUAGACCCCGAGGCUCGGCCAAUCUCAGCUGCUACCUCUUCAACUGCACCCACCGGGGCCGCGACGUCUGCCGCUUCUCCCCGCACCGCGGCUACAGCAGCUUCUCGCGACCGCUCAACGGAAGCCGGCGCUCGGAGCCGCAUCGCCAUAGCAACCGGCAUGAUGAAGCCCCUCACUGUGAUGCGGGACAAGAUGUGAACUUGCUUCUUCCCACUGACUGGGUCCUGCUGGAUGGCAGAGGCAGUUCUGAUGAUUGGGGGAUUGUCCGUUAUGAAUGGACCUUAUUGCAAGGCGAUCCAUUGGUCAAUAUGAAGUCACCACAACCUGGAACAUUGAAGAUGAGUGGCUUACAAGAGGGAGAGUAUGUGAUUCAAUUAUCGGUCACUGACUCCAUUGGACAAAAGAGUAACGACAACGUCACUGUGACUGUGAUGCCACCAAAGCAGCAAACAACAGACUGUACAGGAGUUUGCUCACGAUACCAGUUCAUCUGUGAUGAUGGCUGUUGCAUCGAUAUCACUUUGGCUUGUGAUGGGAUUGCCCAGUGCCCUGAUAAAUCUGAUGAAACCUUCUGCCAUGACUUUAAUAUAGGUCGUAAGACAGUGACCCAUACAACCCUUGCUGCUGCCUCAGAGCAAGAUGGUACUGCAUGGCCCUUUGGGGACAGCUUACAGAAGGAUUCCAUCAAAAGCCAAAAACCAAUGGAGCAUCUCGAGUCUGAAAUGACACAGUCAUCCCAAGCAGAAGGGAGAGGCAAACCCAGCACUGGCCGACUUCCAGACUACUGCUUGGCUCCUCCUACUAUGGGAACCUGUGAAGGCAAUUUUCCACGCUGGUAUUUUGAUAGCACCUCAGGAACCUGCAAACAUUUCACCUACAGUGGGUGCAAGGGCAAUCGGAAUAACUUUCUGCAGGAGCUGGACUGUAAGACACAAUGUGUAGGAACACAAGAAAAUGGUACUCCAGAGACAAGCUCAGCUGAGACAAAUAAAGAUGAUGUCAUGAUACACCACAGGAAAGGAGGCCAUCCACUCCCAGAGACAGGAGCAGUGCUGCCUUUGGCCCUGGGACUUGCCAUCACCGCCCUGCUCUUGCUAAUGAUCAUCUGCCGGCUCCAGCUGGUGAAACGUAAGCUGAAGAAAGUCCGGCCCAUCACCUCUGAGGAAUCAGACUAUCUGAUCAAUGGCAUGUACCUGUGAUCCCCCCCACCCCCCCGCAUGGUACAGGAGUAACUCUUCCUCAUCAUAAUCAUUGUGGCAAUGUGAAACAAAUCAAUCUGUGUGCAUGUGAUUAUUUAAAUGACUACGUGGAUCAGUAUAGAAGUCUGAAUUUCAUUCCUUCCUAAUCACACUGGCAAGUCUGGCUUGUUGGGCUGUAUCUCAAAACCAGUUUUGAGACCGAACCAGCUCUAUUGCUACAGUGACAUGCUUCUAACAGCCUUGCCAGUAAAAUGUUUUAUACUUGU